CAGAUAUGGGACACGGCGGGGCAGGAGCGGUUCCGGACCAUCACAACCGCCUAUUACCGGGGAGCCAUGGGCAUCAUGUUGGUCUAUGACAUCACCAAUGAAAAGUCUUUUGAAAAUAUUCGGAACUGGGUCAGGAACAUUGAAGAGCACGCCUCUCCUGAUGUUGAGAAAAUGAUCCUGGGGAACAAAUGUGAUGCAAAUGACAAAAGACAAGUUUCCAGAGAGCAAGGGGAGAAGCUUGCUGCAAGUUUUGGGAUUAAAUUUAUGGAGACCAGUGCAAAAGCAAAUAUAAACAUAGAGAAUGCAUUUUUCACCCUUGCAAGAGAUAUCAAAGCAAAAAUGGACAAGAAGUUGGAAGGCAAUAGCCCCCAGGGCAGCAACCAGGGAGUCAAAAUCACCCCAGACCAGCAAAAGAAAAGCAGCUUUUUCCGUUGUGUUCUCCUGUGAGGGACAUGGCCUUAACCUGAGCAUCUGCUCAACCCAGCUGGACUGUGCCUGUUCUGAGUGAGACUUCCUCUGUCUGUGGACUUCAUGUUUUCAGCAAACUUUUGUCACUUUGUGACCAUCUGGAUAAGAAAUUGUUUAUUUUAGUAAUUGUCUGACUCUUCAGUUUUGGAGACGAAACAAGUUUAUUUUUGUCAGAUUGCCACUGGGCAUGUGUGUUGUCUAGCAGAGGACAGGCCCAGGUGACCUGUGCUACAGCACCUUUGCUGACAGGCUUCAACCUCCCUGCUCCUGCCUGUGAUGUGUCCCAGCUAGUGAGUUAGGAUCAAAAGAAGAAACUUGACUGCCAAUAUUCAUAAAGUACAGGUAGAUGU